AUUUUUGGAAUCAAGAUCAGAUGUGCCAUUGCCGCGUAGCUCAAGUGCCUUCAUCCUCGACGACAACAGCAGUGUCGACGAUCGAGCCAGUCUCUUCUGUGAUAGUUGACCGCCACGACAACGUCAGUGUCGCAGCUCGUCGUCGGCAAUGGACCCCUGGAACGAGCCCGCGAGUGACUCGGCAGCUGGCAAAGUGUCGACGCGCAGCCCGGAAUGCGCCCGGUGUCGCAAUCACGGAUCCGUGAACAAGAUCAAGGGUCACAAGAAUUAUUGCGAACACAGGUUUUGCCCGUGUGUCCGGUGUGAGCAGACUGUGGAUAGGCAACGGGUCAUGGCCAAGCAGAUCUCGCGACGACGGGCUGCCACAGCUGCCUUGAAGUAUGAAGCUGCGGCUGCUGAAGCUCGAAAUGUUCCGGGACCCUCAACGCGGGUUUUGCCAAAUCCUCCGGUUUUGACGGACGAGGAAUCUAGUGGACCAAUUAGCGACAGAGACCGACAGAUCUUAUUGAUGAUGGCCCUGCAAAAAUACUCACUGGACUACGAAGGUCUUUUGUUGCUCGUCGCCAUCCAGAAGGUGCUGAUGAACGUGGAAGAAACCGAUCGAGAAGUGAACGCGGCUUUGGUCGAGUUUGACGUGCUGGUUGAAGAGGGCAAAGCCUGCGAUGUGGACCUGUGCCCCGAGCCAAGCCCAGCUGACGUGUCGGCGAUUCCCGGUCCUUCAGCUCUGACGUCAGCUGUCAGUCCGGAACGUUCCAUGCCAAAUUAUGCAGCUUUCAUGGCGCAGAUCAUGCAUGCGCAAUUAGCAAUGAUGACAGCAGCCGCGGCAGCAGCAGCAGCUUCAUCCUCUUCGUCCAAAGGCGAUUCCGACUGACUUCCUGUGAGUUCCGGAUGCGAAAUCCCUUCCGGAAUGGAUGCCAUCAGCAUCUUCCUUCGACUCAAUGAACCUAAUAAAAAAAAAACAGAACAAAUUCCUCUCGUAAAACAGGCCUAUUUUGAAUGCAUUCUUCGGGCAGAGUUUAACCUGAAACGAAAAAGACAGAAACCUGAACACGUCGAAAUAGUUCAGUACCGAAUGAACAUUCCACCGUCCAUUAUUGAUGAUUAAAUUGUUUGGACUCACACUUGUUUUCAAUAAAAAUCGGAUCCAGCAAAGUCUGAAGUUGUUUCGUCGUUUUAUAUAUGCACAAAGGGGAGCAUUUUCAAGAGCUUCACUUUCAUAAUUAGCAAAUUGGUUUUCCAGAAUCUAAACAUUUAUAUAAAUUGUAGUUUAGAGCUAUAUACAGCGAGAUUUUUGAAUUUUUGCUGCUGGCACCUUCAUUCAAAACGAUUCCUCAUCACAAGAAGGAAAAAAAAAGAAUUUGGAGAAUAUUUUGUGGCCACUGGCGUACUCAUGUGUUGAAAGUAUCGAGUAUAGUAUUUCGAAUCUCUGAUUUUGUGCCAAAAUCAACAUUCUUUGUCGAUUUCUCAUUCCAUCCGUCCGAGACAAACAUAAUCGAAAUUUCGACGACUCGCGAACGGAGUUGCGCGGAUGCUGUGCUUGUAUACCUUGGCUUUGAAUUCCUGAGAUGUUUUUUUUUUCGAUAUUUCCAACUGAGAUCAAUUGUGUUAUAGGUUGCUGAGGGUAGCAAUUAUAGUAUUAUUUUAGGCACAAGCUUUAAAGGGGGUUGAAUCACUCACGAUCUCUUCGCUUUCGAAGAUCGCAUUAUCUUGUGCACACGGGAUCUCAUAUGUUUUUCCUUUGGUUCAAGGGAUUGUAAUUUAUUGGCACAUUUUGAUGGUUUUUGUGUUUUUUGAACGAACGUCGUCGUUGACAUGUCCAGAUCACUGCGUCAUCAAUCUUCGUUGAGCAAGAAAGAAAGAAGUGUACACAGUCUAUGCACUUUAUGGUAAAUAUUUGUUAGCGGCUGUGCUUCAGAAUAAGACUCGACUUUUGUGGAAAUUUCGAGGUUCGUCCACUUGAACAGUACUGCGGAUCAGUAAAACAUUUUUCCUGGAGCCUACAAAUAUUAACCCCUCACCGGACAGAACCAUUCUUCAGCAUUCUUUUCAGAAGAACAACGGGAGCAAAAUAACGGCACUCUCGCGAAAAGCAGAGCGGAUGAGAAAAUUUAUUCAAAGCACGAUUACGCAAAAAUCAACAAUGCGUUGAGACAAAGGCCCCGAUUGUUCUAAGACUGCAAACAACCGGGAAUAUGAGCCUGAAAAAAACCUGUGCAAAUUUUCUCAUUCAUCUGCGCAUUCACUCUCCGAAGAAAGAGUUUGCGAUUUAAAAAAUGGUUUUUUCGAAGCUAAAUUGGCGCAAAAUUUCCUUGUCCUGCGCUUCGUACCUUUUCUUGUAAAAAAAAAAUUGCAAGUGACGAACUCGUGCUUCCGGCGGAACAGAAGCGAACUCGAUAGUCUAUAGAGAAGUUGUUUAUCCUAUGUGUGGUCUCUUUGAUUAUUGAAAAUUCUUCAUCAAACAGUGUUGUCUUUGAAUCAAGCGCGAUCGUUUCUAGUCUUGAAGUCUUGCCAAAAUUCGCUCGUCCGCGCGUUCCAACAGAUGCAAAUCGAUUUUGUAAAAUUUUGAGGGAAUGGGGGAAAAGAAGAAAGAAAGAAACAGA